GAGCUUCAAAUAUUAAAAAGAAACAAAAGAGCAAGCACCAUGGUAAACAAGUAUCAUGUUCGUUCAAUUAGUUUGCCUUCAAGAUCUCAUCCUAGUACUAUUAGAGUAGAAGAAGAGUUGAACAAGCUCAAGACUUGGGAAGGAACAUCCACAUCCACAUCAGGGUCUAUUCAUAUAGGUCUUUCCUUGCUUGAAGAUUUGUAUAUGUCAAUGGAAGAUCUUCUCAACAUGGCAUCAACCCAACAAGUGAUUUCUCACCAUCAAGGUGAAAAAUGUGUGGAAGAGUUGUUGGAUAGUUCUAUGAGAAUCUUGGAUAUAUGUGGCAUCACAAGGGACACCAUUUUGCAAACCAAGGAAAAUGUUCAAGCCCUUCACUCUUCUCUAAGGAGAAGAAAAGGUGAUUCAAGUGUUGAAAGAAGUGUGGCAGAAUACAAAUUCUUCACAAAAAAGAUGAAAAAAAAUGUUAACAAGUUGAUCACAUCUUUGAAGCACAUGAAUAGUAAAUUUGGCAUGUCUUCAAUUUUGGAACUUGAUCAUCACUUUUCUUGUUUGAUUAGAGUAUUUAGGGAAGUCAUAGUAAUGAACUUAUCUGUUUUUCAAUUCAUUUUGUCAUUUUUGAAUGUGUCUUCAUCAAAGUCAAAGACAGCUAAAUGGAAGUUUGUGGCUAAACUGAUGCACAAAGGGGUUAUAACAUGUGAAGAUAACUCAUAUAAUGUCAAUGAGUUUUUGUGUGUUGAAGCUACCUUAAGCACUCUUUUAAGUGAAGGUACUAAUGGAGAAAACUUGCAGGCUUCACAUGAAAGAUUAGAGGCUUUGGAGAAUGCAAUUGAAAGUAUUGAGAAUGAUUUGGAGAACUUAUUUAGGCGCUUGAUAAAAUCUAGAGCUUCCCUCUUGAAUAUAAUUUCUCAAUAGACCAUUUUUCAUUGACAAUUUUUUUCUUAAUCCUGCAAGCCAUCCAUGUUUUAGUAGGGAUUUGCUUGAGGAUUGAAUAUUUUUAGCUCAAUGGUGUAUAAUUGUAUAAAAUUCAAUGGCAAUACAAUGAAAUGCA